AUGUUCGACCAACACGGUUACGCCGAGGCAUUGCACGCCUCACUCUCCGAAGAGCGCGACGGACGCUUCGCUGUCGCGGACGCGUCGCUUCCAACACAAGCAAUCGCAUCCAUGGGCGGCACACUUUUUGAGCGCCUUGAACAGCGCGGGCUGCAGUAUCAGCGUCGGGUGCCGACGUCAGUCCCUGAGACGCUUUCAGCUGGUGCAAUUGCCGGGCCUGAAGGUGCACCAAAUAGGUUCCAUACCAACGAGCUCGCUGAAGACCAUGGCUCCGCGCCUGGUCAGCAGCACGGGCACACGUGGUGCUCGCCGCCCCCGCCGCUCUUCCGGCAGCUGCGCAAGAGCUCGCCACUCUCGCUCGGAAGUCGGCAUGCAUCAGACGAAGAGGAGGACGAGACCGAGAACGAAGGAGAUGAGCAGCCAGAAACGUGCGAAGAAGGUGGCUCGGGGGUCCCACGGAAGCGACGCAGCGGUCCACACUGGUCGCCGGCACUGUCGCAGAGCGGACUGUCACAAGUACCUCGUGCACCUGCAACGCCGUAUGGUCGAUCUAUGCCGUCUCUGCGCAACAGCAGCGGGCCAGCAUGCAACGACAAGUCUAGCGCAUCAUGUUUUCGCCGCUCGGCCCUUUUCGACGGUCCAACUUCUUCCACUCGAUCUGGGUCGGGGAGUGGGAUCAACAACGGCUCGGCCGGCGCUUUUGCUUCCGGUCUCGGUUCAUCGUUCCAGCACCGACGCGCGUCUUCCGGGCUGUCUUCACCGUGUAACGGUCUGUCGACCCGCAAGGGCUGGAAUGGUAGUGGAGGUAGUGGUAGCGCUAGCGGCAGCAGCGCCUUGUACGGCCUCGGCAUGGGUCCGGCGCAAUGCUCGUCACCUGGUGCGUCGAGUCUGCACUCGCCUUCCUCCCUCUCUGCUUCUCUGGUCGGCUCGUACGAAGAGUCGCUGCUCUCCGGCCGCAUGUCGGCCGCUAAGAGCAAGCCGCUCAUGUUCGAUGCUGAGAUCGGUGUGCUCGGUACCGGGCCAGUCGCGCCGCCUCCCUCCUCACCUCACAAUACAGAGCGGUCUGCGCGAGGGGCGGAUGGUGUGAUGACGGCAGACGAUAGCGCCAGGAACGGCAUUGGCUAUGGAUGCUCCUUUCCUCCACAAGUCCAUGUGGCGGGGACAAAGCGACGCAUGAAAUCUGCUGCGAGCCUUCGCUGCCCCAAACACGUCAGCAUGAAAUUCCCUGCGCAUUUCUAUAAUCUUCCCUCUGCCCGUCCGGGCUCGACCGAUUUGUCCAGCUCAGCUUCCGGCGGCUCCGGUCGGGGCUCGACGAUGCUCAGUGAUGCGAGCAUCAACAGUCCGUACGUCGGCAACAUCGACCUGGAAGGACAUUAUAUGAACCAACUGAUCGAUGCGCAUCUCAGGAUGAUGGGAAUCGAUGGCGAUGCUGUGCCGAAGGCUGAAUAUGGCACUGAACCUGCAAAUACGUCAGACCCAGUGUCGACUCAAGCCUCCAGCGCCAGUGGGCACGAGCGCAAAGACAGCACUAGGAACGCGCUGCCUGCUUUCCCAGGUUACCGUGUACCGCCGAAAGGCCAGAUUCAGCUAAUAAUCAAAAAUCCAAACUCGAUGGCGGUCAAGGUCUUUCUCGUGCCAUACGACCUUUCAACCAUGGAAUGCGGUCGACGUACGUUUGUCAGGCAAAAGUGCUACGUCCAGUCCCCGCCAAACGCCGCUGGAGGCAUCGUUCAUCAGAGCACAGCUACUAGCCCCAAGUCCUCAUUCGCUGGAACCUCCCAGCAGGGCAAGGACGCACUGCGGUACGCGGUACAUUUGCAGUUCUGCUCGCCGCCCGCGGACUAUGGAAUGAGCAGCAAAAAGCGCGCUGCGUACUUGGCAGCGACUUUACACGGAGCGGGGACAGACGUUUCGACUGCUGUAGCCGAGCAGCGAGCACCGAAAAUUUAUCUGCACCGCAUCAUCCGAGUCGUCUUCACUGCUCGCCUGCCGGACAAGAGCGAGAAGCUCACCACGGUCACUGAGACGCUCAACUGUCCACCCUCUCCGCAGAUGAAUCGCAAUACGCGCGAGGUGUCAGCUGCACAAGAUCAGCAGCUGUCUAGCUCGCCGCAAAGCUUCAGCGACGCUUCUGGCGGACCUGUGUCGCCACAUAUGGACAGGCCUCAGCCAUUGUAUGCGUCGUACGCUGGGCCAGGCGACGAGUGGAACCGUGCGUUGCGCGAAGCUAAGAUCGCCAUCAAGCAAGCGGAAAAACACAGGCAGAAACUAAAAGCCGCGGAAAGGGCCGCCGCAUUGCCCAGCUUAGAGCAAAUGCAACGGGGUGACUUUGAGGGCAAGAAUGGAGACGACCAUGACGAGAUGUCAGUGUCCGUGUCUGCCCUUGGCAUCCCCAUCGAAUGGGCACCACCAUCAGGGCGAGACCUGUCGGGCUACGAUGCAAACGGAAGCUUUGGCUCUCCCUUUACCCCCCUUAGCGAGCCGAACUCAGAUCCGAACGGAGAGAGGUGGCGCGACGAGAUAGAAGCACACGUCGGAGCAAGCAGAACGUGUGGCGAGACAGUGGCACCGGCUGCUGUGCUCGGCUUGCACUUGCACCACGUUGCAUCUGAUGGACAGCGCACGGCGAUGUCUGAUGCCAGGCCGAGCACCAGCAGCAUCGUGGUACCGCCUGUUUCAUCGCAGUACGAACCCAGGCGGACCCGCGCUCAGACGUUCGCCUCAGGCUCUAGCGGCUCGCCACCGCUCACGAGCUGCUCUUUGGCCCAUCUAGAAAAUGUUUCCGUCGCUCAGGAAGGGCGGGGGCAGCCAAGUGCGCCGGCACUUGCGGCUGUGGCAGACGACUCACGCGCCCUGCUUGAAGCGUGGCACCAGAGUCUCCGUAGGCGCGCUGCUUCGCCACUCUCCAGUUCCAGGCCUGUGUCGGGAAGAGCGAGCCCGGAAGUUAUGCGAUACGGCUCGCCGGUGCCCUCGCCUUCCAUAGGACCUACGUCCCCCUCCGGGUCUGGGAGCGGACAUGGGCACGGACACACUACCCGCGGAAACCGGGGUCUCACUGUUGUGUACCAGCGGCCCUCGAGUCGGAGCGAGAACUACAUGACUGCUUCUGUUUCUGCAGGCUAUCCCCGUCUGCCAUCUCAAAGCAACUUGGUGGCAGAUGAGGACGUGCCGCCGUCAGACUACAUUGGGCGACACAGUGAGACAUCGUCGUCGAGCUCGCAUACUCACGGUCAAGGCUUGCUACCUCAGACGCCGACGACUAGCCCUCCAGUGAUAGCUCAGGUGACACCGCUCUCGGCUAUGGCGGUCAUGGCCCACAGUGCAGCGCAGGACGAAAAGCAGCUUCCAGAUAUUGCGGCGCUAUCGAUCCAGCCGCUGCAAGCGCCUUCGCGCUGA